ACGACAAAUGUUUCAAGAGCCUAUGACUAGUCUGCCCUUUCCCCUUCAAACCCUCUGCUCACCUCUCACGUCCCAAUCAAUCCCCCAAUGAAUUAUAAGAAACAAACUCUCCAUAACUUUAUCUUUGGAGUCUUCACCAAGUUGUUUGUUUAUUUAUGUAUAUUAUUUGUCUGGGUCUUAACUUUUCCUUUUUCCUUCUGUAGCUUCCCUUUGGUUAAUCCUCAAACCUUGCUCUGUUUCGACUUCUUCGUACUUGCAACUAGCAGAGUUAUAUUCCUCCCCGUAAUUUUCAGGGUUUUGUUUCUUUUAUUUUUUGAACUUCUUUUCUGAUGAAGUACUUUGAACUAUUUUUAUGGCUUUGAUCGAUGCUUUGUAUGAUGUUUUGGAAAGACCAACAAUGAUGGGGCUAUGGACAGGAAUGAUGUUUUUUCUGGGUCCUUUAUGUGUAGCCUUUGUUAUCGGAGUUCUCGCUGGAUGGGCAUGGAAACCCAAGUGGGCAACCAUGGAAAGAGAAAAUUUGAGCUGUUCUGUUUUAAAUACCUUUGAUUUAUCAUCGUGUUCAUCGCCCUCUUUGAACUUGGAUAAUGGGAAGGAUAGUAAUCGGUCCUCUGUAUCCCCCUCUGAAUAUGAAGAUUGCAGUAUGUCACAGCUACACGAAGAAAAGGCCAAUGUAGUGACUGAGGAGGAUUUAGAACAUUUAUGUCAGCUUGUGGAGAUGAAAGAUGGAGGUCCUCCUUGGAUACAAAUGAUGGAUCGUUCCACCCCAAGUAUGAGCUAUAAAGCAUGGCAAAGAGAUCCCAAGCAAGGUCCUCCACAAUAUCGUAGCAGCUCUAUCUUUGAGGAUGCCACACCAGAGAUAGUUAGAGACUUUUUCUGGGAUGAUGAGUUCCGAUCAAAUUGGGAUGACAUGCUUGCAUCUUCUACAAUUAUAGAAGAGUGCCCGAUCACUGGAAUCAUGAUAGUGCAAUGGAUACGGAAGUUUCCUUUCUUCUGUAAAGAUAGGGAAUACAUAAUUGGUCGUAGAAUAUGGGAAUCGGGAAGAUCAUAUUACUGCGUGACCAAGGGAGUACCUUGUCCUUCUGUCCCAAGGUGUGACAAACCGAGACGCGUUGACCUUUAUUACUCAAGUUGGUGCAUUCGAGCUGUGGAAUCGAAAAGGGGUGAUCACCAGCUGACUGCUUGUGAGGUGAUGUUGUUUCAUUAUGAAGAUAUGGGCAUCCCAUGGGAAAUCGCAAAACUUGGAGUACGGAAAGGAAUGUGGGGAACUGUCAAGAAGAUUGAGCCUGGUCUACGUGCCUACCAAAAAGCAAGAGCAUCAGGUGCAACUCUUUCUCGACCUGCAUUUAUGGCCCAGAUCAACUCCAAAAUAAGUUCAAAGGACCUGAGAUCAUUUGGAGGGAUUGACAAUUUGUCGGAGACGCAGAUAGCAUCUACAUCUGACAAACCAUUGGGGAGGAAUAUAUCGAAGCUCCUCAUUUUUGGUGGGGCUGUUGUACUUGCUUGUAGUCUUGAUCGGGGACUAUUGACUAAGACAAUUAUAUUUGGUGUGGCCAGAAGGUUUGCAAAUUCAGGAAACGGAUCGUAAGCGAAGUUCUAUAAUCUAUACAAGAAUGUGAAAUGUAACUCAUAUCUUGUAUCCUUCAUCCUGAUUGAGGGAGACCAUCUAUCAGAAUUCUGUCUAGCAAACACUUCCAGAAAGGAUAAAAAGGUUGUAUCUUAUAGCUCUUUUUUUGUUGUACUUAUUUAUAUUGGAAUAUGUGGCUACUUGUAUCACUGUAUAUAGCUAAAAGCAGAAAUUUUCCUU